AAAAGAGUUUGAGCGCUGGAAGGGGCUGGGCUCUAUUGGGGGCCACUGAGCGCCGCUCCCGGACUGGGGCUCGGUGCGGGAGGCUAACGGGGGCGCCUGGACAGCGGGGGGCUAGAGACUCCCAGGUCCGAGGCGGGAGGGGUGGGGGCAGAGAUCCUGCAGCCCCCCGCCCCCCGUCACCCCCGGAGAGGAGAGGAGAUCUGCUUUCUUGGUUUUGCUUCUCUUUCCCCCCACCCCCACCCCGGGGGCUGGGGCGAGGGGAGUCGGGUUACAGGGUGUUUGGGGAGGGGGGCUUAGGGGGAGGGUCUAUCUUUCUAUCUCGCUUUCUUCCCCCCUCCCCAGUUCUUUGUUCCCCCCUCCCCACACACCCCCUCCUCUCCUCUCCCCUCCCCUCCUCUCUCCUCUUUUCCCUUCCACCACCUCUCUCUCUCUCUCCCUCUCUCUCUCCCCCAGCUUUUGUUUCGCCAUGCCUAGUCUAGUGGUAUCUGGAAUAAUGGAAAGAAAUGGGGGCUUUGGAGAACUAGGAUGUUUCGGGGGAAGCGCUAAGGACCGAGGGCUGCUGGAAGACGAGCGCGCCCUUCAGCUGGCUCUCGAUCAACUCUGCCUCCUGGGUUUGGGGGAGCCCCCCGCCCCCACGGCGGGCGAGGACGGGGGAGGUGGGGGGGGCGGCGCCCCCGCGCAGCCGGCCGCCCCCCCGCAGCCGGCCCCGCCGCCGCCGCCCGCGGCGCCCCCGGCCGCACCGACGGCGGCCCCCGCGGCGCAGACGCCCCAGCCCCCCACCGCCCCCAAAGGGGCGAGCGACGCCAAGCUCUGCGCUCUCUACAAAGAGGCCGAGCUGCGCCUGAAGGGCAGCAGCAACACCACGGAGUGUGUUCCCGUGCCCACCUCCGAGCACGUGGCCGAGAUCGUGGGCAGGCAAGGCUGCAAGAUUAAGGCCUUGAGGGCCAAGACCAACACCUACAUCAAGACACCGGUGAGGGGCGAGGAACCAGUGUUCAUGGUGACAGGGCGACGGGAGGACGUGGCCACAGCCCGGCGGGAAAUCAUCUCAGCAGCGGAGCACUUCUCCAUGAUCCGUGCCUCCCGCAACAAGUCAGGUGCCGCCUUUGGUGUGGCUCCUGCUCUGCCCGGCCAGGUGACCAUCCGUGUGCGGGUGCCCUACCGCGUGGUGGGGCUGGUGGUGGGCCCCAAAGGGGCAACCAUCAAGCGCAUCCAGCAGCAAACCAACACAUACAUUAUCACACCAAGCCGUGACCGCGACCCCGUGUUCGAGAUCACGGGUGCCCCAGGCAACGUGGAGCGUGCGCGCGAGGAGAUCGAGACGCACAUCGCGGUGCGCACUGGCAAGAUCCUCGAGUACAACAAUGAAAACGACUUCCUGGCGGGGAGCCCCGAUGCAGCAAUCGAUAGCCGCUACUCCGACGCCUGGCGGGUGCACCAGCCCGGCUGCAAGCCCCUCUCCACCUUCCGGCAGAACAGCCUGGGCUGCAUCGGCGAGUGCGGAGUGGACUCUGGCUUUGAGGCCCCACGCCUGGGUGAGCAGGGCGGGGACUUUGGCUACGGCGGGUACCUCUUUCCGGGCUAUGGCGUGGGCAAGCAGGAUGUGUACUACGGCGUGGCCGAGACUAGCCCCCCGCUGUGGGCGGGCCAGGAGAACGCCACGCCCACCUCCGUGCUCUUCUCCUCGGCCUCCUCCUCCUCCUCCUCUUCCGCCAAGGCCCGCGCUGGGCCCCCGGGCGCACACCGCUCCCCUGCCACUUCCGCGGGACCCGAGCUGGCCGGACUCCCGAGGCGCCCCCCGGGAGAGCCGCUCCAGGGCUUCUCUAAACUUGGUGGGGGCGGCCUGCGGAGCCCCGGCGGCGGGCGGGAUUGCAUGGUCUGCUUUGAGAGCGAAGUGACUGCCGCCCUUGUGCCCUGCGGACACAACCUGUUCUGCAUGGAGUGUGCAGUACGCAUCUGCGAGAGGACGGACCCAGAGUGUCCCGUCUGCCACAUCACAGCCACGCAAGCCAUCCGAAUAUUCUCCUAAGCCCCGUGCCCCAUGCCUCCGGGGCCUACUCCACUGGGCCCACCCUGGACCUGUUUUCCACUAAAGCCUUUUGGAAAGCGGUGAUUUGAGGGGCAAGGUGCUUAGACAUACUCGCUCGCUGGGGAAGGGGGGAGGGAGGCAGUGGUGGCUGGAGGGUGCGCCACUUUCAGAGCCUCUGGUCACCCUGUCCUGGAAAGAUUGGGAGGGGGCCAGACUGAAAAUUUUACUAGAGUUACAACUCUGAUACCUCAACACACCCUUAAAUCUGGAAGCAGCUAAGAGAAACUUUUGUUUUGCCAGAGGUGGCCACUAAGGCAUUCUGACGCCCUCUGCCCACCUCCCCCGCUGUGUGUCACUCCACCCCUUCUUCCGAGGAGGGGGUGGGUAAAAGGGAGAGGGAGAAUUACCACCUGUAUCUAGAGGUGCUCUUUGCAAUCCCUAAGCCCUCUGGUCCUGACCUCCGACCUCCUAACAUGACCCUUUACCUCCCACCCCCCCCCCCCAUAUCCUGUUUGGGAAACUGUCACCAGUUUCCAGCAGUGUAAGGGAGUUGGAGUCCUAUCAGAAGUUGCAUAGAUCUUCUAGGGGUUGGGGAGAGAAGCAUGUCAAUCGUUUCUGUGGCUGAAAGGCUCAGAAGCCAUCUGUCCCCACAAAGCUGGGCUAGAGGAAUCUGGAGAGGAGUCCUCCUCUCUGCCCCCGUCCCCCGCAAUGUUUCCCUUCACUCUCUCCGCCCAUCUUCCCUUUCUUUGGGAUCUUCCCUUUCCUCAACUCUUUCCUUUCCCUCCAGCUCUUUGCUUUGCUUUCUUUUGGUGGCUGUCACUCCCAGCUCUGUCUUGUUCCUUGUCUUUGUCUUUCUUCCCUUCCCCCUGCCCCUGCCCCUACCAGCCCAGCUUUGGGGACACCAUCCUUCUGGGGAGAAGUAGGGGGAGGAAUAUUUGGAUGGUCCCUCCAUUCCUCUUCAGGCAUCUGGAGGCCCUCUCCCCCACUCCUCCAAAGAAACAUCUCAAGUUAUUCAUGGAAUGUAUCCCCAUUCUCAGUGAAAAUGUGAGGAGGGGACUAAUACUGGGGUAAAGGGUCAAACCCCCACCUUCAUCACUAUGGGCAUUAUAUUUAGGGAGUAGUUCUUGGGCUGGAUUUUCUGGUUGUGGAAGUGGGGGCGCCAGAGUAGUGUGUCUGCUAUUUAAAGGAGCAGGAAAGGGCGUGAGGCAGGAGGAGAGACUGGUGGAGGGAAGAGCUGCUCCUCCCAUGCAGUGCCCGACUCCCUGCACCCCUCUCAACCUGACCUGAACCUUUAUUGAAUCCUUAUUAGCUUGAAUCCUUAUUAGCUUGAAUCCUCCAUGCAAAUCAUGGAGUCUGUGUCCCACCCGAUGUGGUUGAGGAGAAGCCAGGUCUUCAAAGAGGGGUCAGCCUGGGGCAAAGCAGGACUGGGGGGAGGUGGGCAGCAGGGCCUAUUCUGAGAAUCACAUAUUGUUACAGGCCUUGCACCCCCUUUGCUGCUUCCCUCCUGCUCAUUUGGGGCUGCCACCAGCUCUCCACCCUCCUGGUUCCGCUGGCCGGGCCAAGAGAGGAUGGAGGGAUGGGAGUCCCAGGAGAUCCUUGUAAAUAGUGGGGUGGGACUGUUCUGAGUGAUCACCCGAGCACUUAAAGCUCCAGAGUCCCAUUCUUCCUGGAUGGAGCAGGUGGAGGUGCAGAGGGGAUUUCCUCUUCUCCUUCCUCCUGUCGAGAAUUAACACCUCUCCACAGCCUUCCCCUCCAGAACACCAGCCAGGGAGGGGUGGGGAAGGAGGUCACAGCCAAGAAAACUGCCCUGUGACGACUUCCCUCCUUCCCGCCUAUGUGAGCCAUCCUGAGAUGUCUGUACAAUAGAAACCAAACCAAAUGGGCACCCUCGGUUGCCGGGGGGCAGGUGGGGAGGGGGGUGGGAAGAAGGGAUGUCUGUCUGUCGAUCCCCCUCCCCCUCUCCACUCUUUACCCACAAAGGCAGAAGACUGUUACACUAGGGGGCUCAGCAAAUUCAAUCCCACCCUUACCAAUUGAGCCAAACCUAGAAACAAACACAAAACACGAAUAGUGAGAGACAAAAUAGAGGAGAGAAAGAGAGCACGAGAGGGAGCGAGACAGGCGACCAACACAGAGGAGAGAAAACAAAAAUAGCAAAAAAAAAAAAAAGCAGUUCUUUAUAAUUUAAUAUUCUAUUUUAAUAAAGGCGUUUAUUACCAUAUAAAUGUAGCAAAGAACCUGGGCUAAUAUGAAAAAAAAGACUUUUUAUUAGGUAAUUUAUUAUAUGAAAAGGAUAUUUUAUUUUAUGAUAAAGUGAUCCUUAAAAAAAUAAAAAAACUUUAGAAGGUUUAGAAUAUAUGUAGGGAAAGAAGAAGAAAAAAAUACAUUUGUAUUCAGAGUUAAAUCUUAAAAAAAAAGUGUUUUUAAUAUAUGUUUGGGUUUACGUUGCUUUUUUCCCCCACUUUUUUUUUGGGGAGGAAUGUCAUUUGCUUUUCUUGGGGGAGCAUCCCGGGGGUGAAUGGUGGAGAGAGGAGCUGGGGGAACCCGGUCCCUCCUGGGACCCUUCCAGUAGAUUGGAUUUCACUCCAUGGACUCCUCCUCCCCUCUCCCCCUCCCCCUCAGGGGAGCCGGCAGAGCCAAACAAAGAAAGGGAUUAACAAGAAAGGAAGAAGCUGUAGGACUAAGGACUGAGGAUCCUGGGGUGUCCCCCACCACUUUCCCCUGCCCUGUCCUAGGGGCAAGUGAGGAGGGGGAAUCCAGAAUUAAGGCCUAGCAGGCCUAUAGGAACCCUCAGAGAUGUGUGAGAUUUAAGAGAUCUAGAUUUUUUUUUAACCAAAAACAAGAGAGAAAGAGAAGAAAAAGAGAAACCGAGGGGUUUAAAAGAAAAGAAUACUACAAAAUAAUAAUUAUUAAUAAUAAUAAUUCAAAUUUAUUUCAUAUAAUCCUAGAGAUGGAAAGAAACAAUUACUAGUUACUUAGUAGACAAUAUUAAGAUAGCUUAAAGUUUAGUAGCAUUGAGGGCCCCUGGGUCCAGUAGAAUGUAUAAAAGUUGUAAGGAAAAGAUAAAUAGAGGAGGGAAGUGGCUGAGUCCACCCUGAGUUGCCCAAUCUUCAGAUACCAGGGUUGGAGCAGGUUGCUAGUUUAAGAUUGGGAGCUUCCAGUCUGCUGGGGUUGAUUCUGAGAAUCCUUGGAUUUUUAAAUUGUAGGACAAAGAAAUGAGGGGUUCAUUUCCCAGGGUCUUGGAAAGGAUGCACACUGAUCAUCUCAAUAAGACAGGGGCUGGGUUGGGGGCAGCAGAGGAGACCAAGCACAUUCACCUGCACCCCUAGUACCUGGGCAGCCCAUACUCCAAUGUGGUAUGUCCCCUCCUGGGGCUCCCAGCUCAAACCCUCCCAUGCCUGCUUCCCCCAGGCCUAACUGAGGAAGUCCUUCUUGAAGUGUGACCUCGGUCCACUUCUCUACAGAUUGAUUUAAGAGCCUGGGAAGUCAUUCCACAAACAGACACACAUGCACACACGCUUCUCACCUUCAGAGCUUCAAGAGCGCUGAGGCGAUCAGUCCCCUACCCCUGUUCCCAUCCAGCUUUCCACUUAGCUUUGACCUCCAUGGCAGCAGUAGCAGUAACAAUCUCAGUAAUUGUUCUUUAAAGCUGACUCGUUCUUCACCUACUUGCAAAGUGCUUUCUUGUCUCAUAAAAGUUAGAUUCCAAGAAGGACUUCCCACGGAGUGGAGUGGAAACACUGUCCUUGAAGGCCUGGGAGAAAGGCAUCCCCAUGGGCACAGAGGCAGGGGAAAGGCACAGGGACUUUGGGUGACCCUAACCCUGACCCUCUGCUCCAGUUCACCUCCAUCUAUAUGUGUUCAGGUAGGGGUCAUCUACUGUACCCUGGCCUGGGAACACAUUGCCCUCCCCACACAAAACUGGAGGGCUUGGCUUCUGCAUGUGAGAAAUCAACAUUUUUAAAGCACUUGCCUUCUACCAACCCCAGCUUGCAAUCACUGGGCCUUCCCCUCCUAUCCAAGGGGGUGGAGGGGCCCCUUGGCUCUCCUUUUGGCAGGAGGAGCCUGCUUCAUUACACCAAUGACUCUGCCAUGCCCCUCCCUGGCCCUAGACCCCAAACACAUCUCCCUCUACCCAAUUUACUCUUCUCGCCCCACCUAGGGACAGAUUCCCCCUGCUCUUUUUGUCCUAGAAACCCCGCUAGUUUGGGAUGGUAGCGUCUGGGGUGGGGAGGGCUUCCCCUUCCCCACUCGAGGGUGCGGGUGGGGAAGGGGGGGUGGGUGGAGACAGCCCUGGGGCAGGGAGGAUGGUCUCUCCACUGUAGAAAGUAGAGUAGGAUUGUGGUCAGACUUAAUUUGAGGCAUCUAGUGAAGACACGUACAAAUCCACCAAGGAAAAAGAUUUCAAAAGCAAAAUAAAAGCGGGAAAUAAAACAGACCCAAGAAUAAUCAAGUCAAAGUGAUGUUGCACAAAAUGCAGAGAAACCAAGAAGGGGGAGGGUUAAUGUAUUAAAUGUGCUAUUAAGAACUUAAUUUUAUUAAAAGUACUAUUACUUAA